AUGGCGGAGCCGCGAGUAGAUGUGGACGAUCAGGACCAACCAUUAUCUUCGAUACAGUCGGCUGGUGGGCAGUCCCUUGUCCGUCAGCUCCUGGAGAUCCAGACCGCUACUAUCGAGCAAUCGAAAUCACUUCAUUUCCUCCAGAACCUCGACUGUCUGUAUCUUGAUAAAAGCCGAAAGCGCCCCCCACAAACCCGCGAUUCAGUAUCUGAAGAUGGUCAUCCGAGGUGGCUCCGCAAACGAGGCCUGAAUGCCUUCGACGAGCCGAACUAUGUGGCCGUAUCGUGGACAUGGGGAAUUUCCGAAUCUUACGAAAGUUCUACCGCCGGCAAGCAUGAAGUCGAAGAGCUUGACGGCGACUCCAAAGUUUCCGAUGUCCGGAACCGGGUCUUCAACCGCAUACGGCGAUACACAGAAGCCCAUGAGAAUCUGCGAUACGUAUGGAUAGAUAGGCACUGUAUCUGCCAAGAGCCGGGACCGGAGAAGACUCAAGGGAUGCAGGCUAUGGAUCUGGUCUACGACUUGAGUGACCACCCCAUUGCUUUGCUAGCACGGCCGAUCGAAUCGUGCGAAGAGCUUGGCCUUCUCGCAGACAUUCUCAAUGGUAGCUUUGUGACAACACAGGCUUCUGGGGAUUUCCGCUCGAGGACCACGACAAAUGGUCCUCUCGAACGGCUUCGUCGAGCCGUGACUCUUCUUGAUGCAAUUACUUCCGAUCUUUGGUGGACAAGAGCGUGGACUUUUCAAGAGAACUAUCGCUGCGAUGGAAAGAUGACUCUGCUCAUCUCUCAUUCAAUAAACAAUGCAAUGGUGAAGACGAAGAGGCGGAACAAACACGUAUUCGAAAAAUCCGGUAUCAAAAUGGCUGGCGAGUUAUUGAUCUCAUCUCGAAAGUUCCAGACAGAAUCCACAAAGCUGUGCCAAGCCUGUAUCAUUGCAGAGAGGAAUUCCGGAGUUCUCGAUAUGUCCGGCGUUGCCGAACGAAUUCUUGAGAGAGCUUCCAAUUACGAGUUCCUAUUACGGGAGACCAUGCCCGACGGACAAUAUUCGGCCCGCUGGUCACAAUCGCCGAGGAUCAUACGAGAUAUCGAGUCACGCGGCAUCAAAUUCUGCCACGACAGAUUGGCCAUAGUCGCAAAUUGCUGCCAAUACUCCAUCAGGCUAGAUGACGCCAUCUUGCGGCAAGGAUCACAUAGUAUGAGUCUUUCCAUGCUCGCCCUCUACCUAUUGAAUGGAGAGAUUAUAAAGAACGCUCUCGAAGAGAAGGAGGAGGUUUCUUUAGCGAGGUGUCGGAGUCAAACAGUUGCCGCCUUCAUCACAGAACAGUCCUUUGAUGGCUUCUGCCCACCUCUACUGCGGCGCCCUCUUGUCUUCAACAAUGAAUGCCGGUUCAUUGAUGUUCGGCUAACACAUGAGGGCUUGCAGACUUAUGGGCAUCUGUGGCGUCUAGGUCUUAUUAUAAUGCCGGAAGAUUAUGCAAUGUUUUCUCCAGAAUACAGAAGACAACAUAAUGGGAGGAGCCGACGGGGGCACACCAUAGAGCGUCUUACGCAGCUACGAGAUGCCAUCCGCCAUAUUGGCAAUUAUCCUCUCGUGCGUAAGCUUAAGCAAUUCAUUGACAAGUGUAUACGACUGAUGGAAGAGGAAUCUUUCUCCGGAAAGUACAUGUGGACAAUGGCCAGGAUAAUUGUGGCGGCAAUGGAUGCGCAGAAGCCACUGGCACUUGGCGGCCUUCUUGAUGACCAGCCGUAUAGCUACUGUGGUAUUUUCGUACUAGAAGACAUGGAAGAGGAAGAGGAAGAGGAAGAAGAAGAAGAAGAAGAACAAAGAGAUGAUGCAGAUGAUGGUGUCGUGGUGUUUGAUGACCCAUACGAGGAUUCAGACGCAAGUUCCGCCACCGGUUGCUGCGAUGUUGAUUCCGAUUCCGUCAGCGAGAGCGACUUUGGGGAGUAUUCCGAAGGUGACACGGAGAAGGAAGACGACGAUCCAGUCUACGUGUUCACUUCUUCCAAGCCGAUGAAGGAGUCUUCGGAAUCACUGUACCCAAACGACAUCGAUAAGCACGUAUCGAUUCAGGUUCGUGGACGCAACUUGGAGUCAGUAGACUUUUACGACGAGCUCGGGCCUGAACUACUUAUCGGGCGUUGGGUGAACGGGCUUUGUUUCUUCCGGGGGCACUCCCGUCGAUCGGUAGUGUUUCCAUGGCAUCCUGCGUUGAGAGAAGACUUCUGGGCAUGA